UACCUCCUGGUAGCUUUAGUGUAACACUGCCGAGUUGGCUGUGUUUAGCUAACCGGCUCCUUAAUGUGUAAUUUUUAAGUUUUACUAGAUGUCAAACAAAACCGUGAAACGUCCAGGAGUUGGGGUCGGAGUGCUGGUGACAGACUCAGCCCACCCAGGCUGUGUUCUCCUGGGAAGACGGAAAAGCGACAUGGGCAAAGGGAAACACCAGCUCCCCGGUGGCCACUUGGAGUUUGGGGAGACGUGGGAGGAGUGCGCCCACAGAGAGGUGUUGGAGGAAACAGGAGUGCGUUUGGUAAACGUCUGCUUUGCGUCAGUGGUGAACUCCAUCAGACUGGAGGAGGAGUACCACUACGUCACCAUCAUCAUGCAAGGAGAACUGGACAGGAAGCUGUCAGGAGAGCCAGAGAACCUGGAGCCGGAGAAGAACGAGGGUUGGACGUGGACGCAGUGGGACCAGUUCCCUCCUGAGGAGCAGCUCUUCUUGCCGCUAGCCGGUCUGAGACAGCAAGGCUUCCAGCCGUUCAGGAGCACAGUAAGAAACACUGAGACUCAGCGGUGAAACUGGCCUUCCCCCAAAAAAUAAUAAAUUCAAAACUCAACCUCUUGGUUUAUCUGCUGUCUCUCAAACAUUGUUCUGUUAUGGUACAUACUAUAAUUUCUGACAGAAUUAUGAACUGUUAUUGUCUAUUUUAGGAGUUUGUGACAUUCAGAUUGUAAACUGUGCAUCUAUUCGGAUUUUAAGCAAAUUAUACUACAAAUAAAUUUAAUUCAGAUGUUUCUA